AUGCAACCCCGCCACCGCCUCGAGCGCCGCCUAAUUUUCAAAGCCAACCGCAAAGCAACUCGCAUCAACACGCGGCUGGGCGGCGGCAGUCAAGAUGUCCAAGGCGGCGAGAUCCAGCGACUAUUUAAAAUGCUGAAUGGAUCUACGUAUUAUGUCAGGGUGGUUGGGGUUGUGAAUGAAGCCGAUUUUGGUGCUAAGGCAGUAGAUGAGAAGGAGGAUGGGUAUGAUUAUGAGUCGCAGUUUUGGAGGAUGGAGUGGAGGGAUAUUCCUGAAGCUGGGACGAGGUCGGGUGUUACUUCGAGGCUGAUGGUAAACGCUGUUCUGCCUCAGGGGGAUAUCAUCAGUGUCAUGGAGACGUGGGGGUACACAUUCGUCAAUGAGUAUGUUAUCGAGGGCGAUGUGUUUAUCUACAAUGAUACAACCAUCUUCUUACACCGAGUCCUCAACUACCCAGAAGAUCCGCAAGAUGCGCCGUCACCACGGACGACACUUCCACCUCUGAAGGACUUUACUCUAUUAGAUCCAAGUGGGAGCUAUCUUUUACAAGCGUCAAUCAGUGUGCAGGACGGUGCUAGUCCUGAAUCGGCCACGCAACGCCUUUACGGACUGAGGGAUCAGCUGAGAACUGCUGUUAAGCUGGAACAGGCUGAUCGGUUGUCUUUGGAUACGAGAGUCAAAUAG